AUGGCUCCAUCACGGAAGAACAAAGUCGUGAAGGAAGAAGUGCAAGUAUCGCUUGGACCGCAGGUACGCGAUGGUGAGGUAGUGUUCGGAGUGGCUCACAUCUACGCGAGUUUUAACGAUACCUUUGUACACGUCACGGAUCUGUCGGGUAAGGAAACCAUCUCCCGUGUAACCGGUGGUAUGAAGGUAAAAGCCGAUCGCGAUGAAGCCUCACCUUAUGCCGCUAUGUUGGCCGCUCAGGACGUAGCGGAAAAGUGCAAAUCGCUCGGCAUUACCGCCCUUCACAUUAAGCUGCGUGCUACUGGUGGAAACCGUACUAAAACACCUGGACCCGGAGCACAGUCAGCACUCCGUGCGUUGGCGCGUUCUUCAAUGAAGAUUGGUCGUAUCGAGGAUGUCACUCCGAUUCCGUCAGAUUCUACUCGCAGGAAGGGUGGUCGUCGCGGUCGUCGUCUAUAA